CUCAUUGCCAGCACCGCAGUCAUGGGGCUCACCAUUUCGAGCUUGUUUACCAAGCUCUUCGGCAAGACCGAGAUGCGCAUUUUGAUGGUGGGUCUCGACGCCGCGGGAAAGACCACCAUUCUUUACAAACUUAAACUGGGCGAGGUCGUGACGACCAUUCCCACCAUCGGCUUCAACGUGGAGACGGUUGAAUACAAGAACAUCAGUUUUACCGUGUGGGACGUCGGGGGUCAGGAUAAGAUCCGCCCCCUCUGGCGGCAUUACUUCCAAAACACCCAGGGUCUCAUCUUUGUGGUGGACAGCAACGAUCGCGAGCGUAUCGGUGAAGCCAAGGAGGAGCUCACAAAGAUGUUGGCUGAGGAUGAGCUGCGGGAAGCCACCGUGUUGGUCUUUGCCAACAAGCAGGAUCUUCCCAACGCCAUGUCACCUGCCGAAAUCACUGAGAAGCUUGGCCUGCCCGAGCUGCGCAACCGCAAGUGGUACAUCCAAUCGGCUUGUGCCACCCAGGGUGAGGGUCUGUAUGAGGGUCUCGACUGGCUCUCCAACGAGCUGGCCUCCAAGUAAACACCAAUCCCUGUACUCGUUGUCGUCUUGUCCUUCUUAUUGUUUGACCCGUUUCCACCAUCCUCCUCCCUGCACCGAUUGCUCCUCAAACUUGGUGUUUUUCCCUCUUGACUCCUUAUCACAAUCGAAGCGAGCAGUUCG